GGGGGCGGGAGGAGGUCGAGGCCGGCGCGCUGUCUGGUCCGCUCUGUCGCCUUCUCACUCAAUCCCACUCGCUCCCCACACUCUCCUCGUCGCACCGCUGUUUUUCGGAGGUCGUAUGGUUGUGUCCGGAUUCACCAAGCUUCCCCUCUCUCUCGCUCCCGCUGGCGAGUUGGCGGUGAAGAGGAAGAGGAAGAGAGAUAGAGGGAAGGGGACGGGCAGCAGCAGCUGCACGAACAGCGCGCGCCCGGCAGGCCGAGUAGAAUCGAGGCGCCUCAAACGUUGUUUUGCCGCUGUGUGGAUAGGACGGUUCUCCGCGAGAGCUAACCACGCCAAAGGAGUACUAAAGUGCUGGUCAACGCCUCUCCCUGCUCUUCAACAAGUGUCUGAGUGCUACAACAACAUCAUGCCGAAGGUAAAGUCCGAUUCGUCGGCCGAACGUCGCAGCGAGGGCUCCGGGUGGCAGGGCGGCCAGCUGUUCGGCUCCGAGAACACCGAGACGACGUUCACGGGCGGCGGCUUCAAGGACAAGGAGAAGGCGAAGGAGACCCUGCGGCUCCUGGAAGGACGAGACAUCAACUACCAGUACCAGGUUAUCAACUCUAUGUACAACCGAGCCAAGGUGAUUCUGAAGAGGACCAAGGACGCCGAGAAGGUAAAGAACCUCCAGGAGGCCGUGGACACUCUGAACGCGUGGCUCGAAGACUACCGCACACACUCCAGGUCGAAGGAGAACUUCGGGUACCUGCCCUUGGACACGCUGCACGCCUUCCGCCCCUUGGCCAAGGAGCAGGGCGUGCUGAACGGCAAGGGCCCCACCUUCCUGGACGUGUACGAGGAGGCCGAGGGCGACCACAAGAAGCUCCGCGUCAAGAAGGUGGAGGGCACCGAGACGACCUGGGACAUCCACCGCAACAAGAACCUCAAGCCCCUCGUGGAGAAGCUCAACAAGGACAACCUGCCCCUGUACACCAGCAAGGGCCAGCCCUCCAAGGAACACCUGGGCCUCAUCGUCUGGGGCUACAGCCCCGAGGCGGCCAAGGUCAAGAAGCUCGCCGCAGCCUGCAAGAAGAGCGACAGCGGCAGCAGCGGCGGCAGCGGUGGCAGCGGGGGCAGCGGAGGGAGCGAGGAGGACUCUUCUUAAAAGUCCGCGGGAAGAGAGCUUGGAAAGCUUUGACAGCCGUGGUCUGAAGUCUGAAGUGUAUCUGGCCUGCUGUGAUGCAGUUGACUUGACUGAUUUUUUUUUUUUUUUUUUGUUUCUCACUGAAGUCAACUAUACCGCAGACAACUGAUGUACCUGUGGGGAAAAAAAACAACAAAAAACGAACUUUUGGUACUCCAAAUGUGUUGUACACACAAAGUACUGCAAAUGUGUUGUUUUAGUACUUGAAAACUGCCGUACUUAAUUUAUAUUAUUUUUUACCUUUAUGAUGUUCAUGGGAAUAAGGUAGUGUUAUUUUUUAGUUAAUGAGUUGAAACGGGUAACGAAUGCUCAUGCUCUGGAUCUAAUAACUAUAGGUUAAGUUGGUAUCAAGAGUUGAUACCGUUCUGUUUAAUUUUGGUAACGGUACAAAUGGAGAAAUUCAUUUUCUACUCUAUAAAUUUGAAUUAAUAGUCCGAACCGCCUCUGUGAUUUCGUUGGUUUUAAUAAAGAUCUCCAACACCCUC